AUGUCGUUCCAUCAUCCUCACACACCACAGAGUCCCUCGCAAGUGUCACCCGCCACCACCUCGUCCGACGCCCAGACGCUGCUCAGCAGCUCCAUGACGACGGCCUCGACCCUGCCUACCCCUGCCCACAGUGUCAGCGGCUCCGGCAGCCUGAACGAUUCCGCCAUGGCCGACGAGUCGCAUAACAAGCGGAAGCGAACCCUCGAAGAUGAGGGGAGCGGCGAUCGUGGUCAGAAGAAGGUCCAGCUUGAGGGUCCCAGGCUGGGUAUCCAAGAUCUGCACCUCGACGUGGGCGCCAAGUACUUGCUCUGCCAGACCCAUGACCUGUAUGACAUGUUCGACCUCAGCGGGCUCGCGGCCGAGGUUGCCCGUGAGAAGCCCAACGGCGAGAAGAAUGCUCUGCGGAAGACGUACAAGGGCCACAUGAAGCGCCUAGGCGUCGCGGGCCACUUCGAUGUGGUCAAGAAACCCGAAGGCACCAUGUCGGAGUUCAUGAGCCUAGUCAACUAUCCGGACCUGGAGUGGGAUGUCCAGGAGGUCAAGGGCAAGGAUAUCAGCGAUGGACUGUCCCAGUCGACUCUCUCGCUGCUCGACAAGGCCAUGACCAUGUCCAAGGGUCCCAUCCCCAAGGGCGUCUGGGACACGUCGGUCCUGGGUGACCUGGCACCCUCACCGGACGCGACCAAGAGGCCGACGGCAACACCGGGGACGCCCGCAGCGACUCCCAGUGCCGCCGCCGCCGCCGCUGCCAAGCCGAAAUCGACGAGUCUUCCCCUCGGCCACGACCCAUCGAGACCCCGCCGAAGCAUCAAGAAGAGAGCCUACGGUGACAGCAGCUCCGAGGGCUACGGAGAGGGAUAUCCCGACGACGACGGCGAAGGAGGCUACUCGACCGGUGAAGGGGAGGGUGGUCAGAAGCGGCGCAGACAGGCAAGUGUCUCCCAAAGCCCUGCUGCCGGACCAUCAUCUUCUAACCAGUCACAGGCCCCUGGAAACAACACUGCGUAUCCGAAUGCAGUACGUCAGCAGAACUACGGACCAGGCAUGGUUGGCGCAUGA